GUGACAGAUGACCAUUCUCCAUUCUUCAAUGGUUGGAAUUGCUGUAGCAUUUCAAUCGGAUUGUAUUCGUUGCGUAAACCUAAACCGCCAUUAUGGGCUUAUACACAAGAGUCGCACCAAUAUUAUAACGAAAACGUUUAGCAAUAAGUUUUCUAGGCCUCUGAAGACUCAUUGGAGUCAAUUUUCCUUGACUACCUUACAGUGCCAAGUGGAAAAAAACUCUACUAGUAUGGUUUCUUUUCGCCGGUGGACAGUAUUCUCUGUUUGGGUUUCAUUUCUUGUUUAUGCUUUUGGUUUUGCUCCAGGAAGUUUUGGAGAUGUCGAAUGGCUGAAGAAGCUGGUCAGUAAUCCGUUUCAUCCAGAAGUGAAUUCUAUUUUUGUGUUUAUCUUUAAUGGUCUUGGUGUGUUACCUGCUCUAUAUUCUUCUUUUCUACUUCCAAGAGAGAAGAGAGAUUCACUGAAAGCUUGGCCAUUUUUAAUCGUAUCGUUAUUUCUCGGCUUUUUUGCUUUAGGUCCUUAUCUUGGUCUUCGCAAGCCAAGAUAUAGUUUGAUCAAUGAGGAUGAGUACCAACCAACGUUGACUGAGAAUAAUUGGUUCCGAUAUAGUUUGUUCGUUUUCGUGGUUGUAUUGUAUAUAUUUGGUUUAAAGAUAUUUCCACUGCUUUCUACGACUGGAGAUGGUAUGCCUUGGGAUAUUUCACUACUUUCGGAAUGGGACGAGUAUGUACAACUGUUCCAUACCAAUCGACUCGUACACGUAUCUUCUAUUGACUUUUUCAUUCUUUGCAUGUUUUUGGUGGAACCAUUAUUCGAAGAUAUGAAGUUACGAGGCUUUUUUCGAGAUAGUCUAUUAUUAGAUAGAUGGCUAUGGAUAGUAUCGUGGGUGGUUCCCUUAAUAGGACCAAGUAUAUAUCUUUGUACGAGACCCAAACGGAACAACAAUAAGGAAUAAAUGACCCCAACAAUAGAAUGUACACAACUCUACAAAAAUG